GUAAACGGAAGGACAGAGCGAGCGCAAGCGUCUAGGUAUAAACUCCAAACACACACACACACAUUCACACACACGCACACAUACACACACGUUCACCCCCCCCCCCCCCCCACACACACAUACACAAACACGCGCGCGCCACGCACUCUCACACGGCCACGCGCGCGUGGUCUAGUCCCUGCAGAAGAGGAUCCGGCGCGCGCGGCGCGGGGAGGAUGGAGGGAUAGAGGGGGAGGAUGGAGAGAUGAAGAAGAGCAGGAUGAAGUGGGUUCUGCUGGCGCUGGGGCUCGCGCUCGCAGCCGCCCAGGCUACUACAGAAGCUCCAGAGGAGUACGUGUCGUUGGCAGAGCUGGAGGACACGUUGUUGAGGAAUGUGUUUCGAGGUUAUCAGAAGUGGGUGCGGCCUGUUUUUCACGCUAACGACACCAUCGCCGUCCGCUUCGGCCUCAAGAUCUCGCAGCUGGUGGACGUGGAUGAAAAGAACCAGUUGAUGACUACUAAUGUCUGGCUCUGGCAGGAGUGGACGGACUAUAAGCUGCGCUGGGAUCCGGAGGAUUAUGGAGGAAUUACGUCCAUCCGAGUGCCCUCUGAGAACAUCUGGUUGCCAGACAUUGUGCUCUAUGAGAAUGCCGAUGGGCGAUUUGAGGGCUCUCUAAUGACCAAAGCCAUUGUGAAGUAUGAUGGCACCAUCACAUGGACACCUCCAGCCAGCUACAAGUCGUCCUGCACCAUGGAUGUGACCUUCUUUCCCUUCGACCGGCAGAACUGCUCCAUGAAGUUUGGUUCGUGGACCUACGAUGGCACCAUGGUGGACCUGGCUCUGGUGGACCAACACGUGGACCGCAAGGACUUUUUUGACAACGGCGAGUGGGAGAUCCUGGAUGCUACGGGUCGACGAGGAAGCCGACGAGACGGCAUCUACUCUUACCCCUUCGUCACCUACUCUUUUAUCCUCAAACGUCUCCCUCUGUUCUACACACUCUUCCUCAUCAUUCCCUGCCUCGGCCUUUCCUUCCUGACCGUCCUGGUGUUCUACCUGCCGUCGGACGAAGGCGAGAAGCUGUCACUGUCUACUUCUGUCCUGGUCUCACUUACUGUCUUCCUGCUGGUCAUCGAAGAGAUCAUUCCAUCAUCUUCAAAGGUCAUCCCUCUGAUCGGCGAGUACCUCCUCUUCAUCAUGAUCUUCGUGACCUUCUCCAUUAUCGUCACCGUCUUCGUCAUCAACGUGCACCACCGCUCCUCGGCCACCUACCACCCCAUGGCACCGUGGGUAAAGAGCCUGUUCCUGCAGAGGCUGCCCAGGCUGCUGUGCAUGCAUGGCCAUACCGACCGCUACAGAUACCCGGACAUGGAGCUGCAUAGUCCCGAGCUGAAGCGAGGGAUGAAGCGAGGGCAGCAGAGGAGUGCAUGUGGAGUCGGGGUGAAGGAGGAAGAGAACCAGGCCUGGAUGUCCAUGCUGGAGAAGGCCACCAGCUCUGUACGCUACAUCUCCAGACACAUCAAGAAGGAGCACUUCAUCAGAGAGGUGGUCCAAGAUUGGAAGUUUGUGGCUCAGGUGUUGGACCGGAUCUUCUUGUGGGCCUUCCUCACCGUUUCCGUGCUCGGCACCAUCCUCAUCUUCACUCCAGCUCUGAAGAUGUACCUGAGCACUGCUCCUUAAACACUCUCAUACACACACACACACACACACACACACACGUAUAUAAUAUUGAUCCCGAAUAAAAUCCUGAAUAAAAUCAUAAUUUCUAUGCACCCUAUAUGAGUUCUUUAUGGGGUUCCAACACCAUUUCAAACCUCAAUAGAAAUAAUAAUAAAAAAAAAUUAAAAAAUUCAUACUAUCUACCUUUGCAAAUCUCAUUAACACACAGCUCAAAAAUUCACAUAAACCCUAUUAGAAACCCUAUUAACAUACAACCCAAAAAUUCAUACUAACCCCAUUAGAAACCCUAUUAACACACAGCUCAAAAAUUCAUACUAACCCCAUUAGAAACCCUAUUAACACAGCUCAAAAAUUCACACUAACCCCAUUAGAAAUCAUAUUAACACACAGCUCAAAAAAUCAUACUAACCCCAUUAGAAACCCUAUUAACACACAGCUCAAAAAUUCAUACUAACCCCAUUAGAAACCCUAUUAACACACAGCUCAAAAAUUCACACUAACCCCAUUAGAAAUCAUAUUAACACACAGCUCAAAAAAUCAUACUAACCCCAUUAGAAACCCUGUUAACACACAGCUCAAAAAUUCAUACUAACCCCAUUAGAAAUCAUAUUAACACACAGCUCAAAAAUUCAUACUAAACCCAUUAGAAACCCUAUUAACACACUGCUCAAAAAUUCAUACUAACCCCAUUAGAAACCAUAUUAACACACUGCUCAAAAAUUCAUACUAACCCCAUUAGAAACCAUAUUAACACACUGCUCAAAAAUUCAUACUAACCUCAUUAGAAACCUUAUUAACACACUGCUCAAAAAUUCAUACUAACCUCAUUAGAAACCCUAUUAACACAGAGCUCAAAAAUUCAUACUAACCCCAUUAGAAACCCUAUUAACACACAGCUCAAAAAUUCACACUAACCCCAUUAGAAAUCAUAUUAACACACAGCUCAAAAAAUCAUACUAAACCCAUUAGAAACCCUAUUAACACACAGCUCAAAAAUUCAUAGUAAUCCCAUUAGAAACCCUAUUAACACACAGCUCAAAAAUUCAUACUAACCUCAUUAGAAACCCUAUUAACACACAGCUCAAAAAUUCAUACUAACCCCAUUAGAAACCCUAUUAACACACAGCUCAAAAAUUCAUACUAACCCCAUUAGAUAUCAUAUUAACACACAGCUCAAAAAUUCAUACUAACCCCAUUAGAAACCCUAUUAACACAGACCUCAAAAAUUCAUACUAACCCCAUUAGAAACCCUAUUAACACACAGCUCAAAAAUUCAUACUAACCCCAUUAGAUAUCAUAUUAACACACAGCUCAAAAAUCCAUACUAACCCCAUUAGAAACCACAUUAACACACAACUCACAAAUUCAUACUAACCCCUUAUUAGAAACCUCAUUAACACACAGCUCAAAACCUUGUAUGUAUCAUAAUUAAAAUCAUAUCAUCCAUAUACGUAUAGACGCCAUUCCCCAAAUUCUGACUCAUCCCAGCCUGGCCCUACCUGCACCAUGUUUGCCACAUUACCAGACUUCUUCCCUGGUUGAGAAGCUCUUUCUUCCAAAGUAAAAUAUCCCUUUAAUUAACUACCUGGACCAUGUUGACAAUGGAGAACUGCUAUGCUAGCUUACUGUUAAGCUCACUCUUCCUCUUCCUUUAACCUCCAUUCAAGCCUGUUUCGGGCGGAGGGCAGUUUUCGGCAACACACCUGGAGACAUCUGCUCAUCUUCAGACUUGUUUUAACCCAUCAGCUUCCAGCCAACCAAUCAAACAAGGCCUUGUUUGGGAUUUGGAUCAUCUGAGGAGAACGUACUACACUCUUCGUCAAAGAACUAGUUGCAUCCAGAAGGAAAUAACUAGCGAGAAAUAAAUGGCGGAAGACCAUUAGGAACCUCUACAACUUGUUAUACAAUACUAGCUUUGCAAUCUUGCUUUGCACUUCCUUCUAGAUGCAAUUUUUUUGGUUUUUUUUGGACGAUGAAGGCAUUAAAUUUUGUCACACCCCAGAAGAAGAGACUUCCAUUGGUUGGUGUCCUUUUCGAAACAUUGGUACUGAACUUCUGAACUUACUCAACAUGACUCCAUACUGGUUCAGCCAUUAACAUGAGCAUUAUAUCCAGUAUGCUAGCAAUACUCUGAUAGUGAAGACAGUAAUAAUGUGUUGUGUUUAUUCAUGUUGGUAGAUGUAGAGUCUUCUUCUUCCUUGGUUCAUACUGGUUAUCGGAAGUUCCUUCAUUAAAAGGGAAUCUUAUCUAGAAACUGCGGCACCUGAAAAAUGGACUCUAUUGCAGUUCUUACACUGGAAAGAACUUCUACUCAGUUGGCGGAAAAGUAAAACGUUGACGGAAAGUACUGUAUUUUUUUUCCAUUUGGGAACGAAUGGAAACGUAGUUUGUCUCUACAAUUAUUAUACUGCAAUGAUGUCUGUAUUAAACUGUAUUAAAGUUGCCUAUAAUGUC